AUGGAACAAGUUUACGCUAACAGGGAUCAAUAUGGUAGUGUUAUGGAAGAAAAAUUCCAACUUACAAAAGUAAGUGACACUGUACUUAAAGGAAAAUAUCCUUUACAACCUUUCGAAGAAGGUCAAAGAGGUACUUAUGGAGGUGAAUUUAUCAGUCAAGCCACUUUAGCUGCUUGGGAAACUAUUGAUAAUGAAGAAUUCAGUGUUCAUUCUUUACAUGCAUAUUUUUUAAAAGCUGGUUCAGAGAAAAGUGUAAUGAGAUAUGAAGUCGAAACCAAUUCUAGUGGUAAAAAUUAUAUAAACAAAUCAGUUAAAGUAUUUCAAGAUCAUAGUAAUGAGUUAGUGUUCAUUUUAAAUUGUUCGUUUACCCGAAACAAUAAUAUUCACGAUAGAAAAGUUCAAUAUGCUAACCAUGAGACUAAAAGAAUUCCUUAUGAAUUCCAAAAAGAUCCUCAUGAAUUCUUUGCAGAUCUCAAGGAUAAAGUCAAAGAAGGUGACGGGAUUUUAGAGAUGACCCAUACUCAUGAUUUAGUUACUCAUGGAUUACCUUUAUCAUAUUUACAAGUUGACGAAGAAGAAUAUAAAACCACAGCAACUGGCGAUAGGAAAAUGGGAUUUUUUGUCAAAAUUAAUGACAAACUUCCAGAAAACAACAUGAAACAAAAAAUCAAUGUUUCCAAUUUACUUUACUUGAGUGAUAGUGUUUAUUUGGGAUGUAUUACCAGGUCUUUAGGAGUACCUUUAGCACAUAAGAACACUUCAUUUUUCAGAGUUUCCUUAGACCAUUCAGUUUUCAUCCAUGAUAAUGAUUUUAAUUCUACCGAAUGGUUAUUUUUAGAUUAUACCUUCCCCAGAAUGAGUAACGAGAGGGUUUUAUGUAAUUGUUCCGUAUUUGACUUAAAUGGAAAAUUGAUUGCAUCUAUCAAUCAAGAAGCUUUAAUCAAUUUAGAUAAAGGUCUUCUUGAUAGGACAAUUGGUGGUACUUAUAAGCUUUAA